UAAACUCAAUUGUGCCAGCAUUGAGGCGAGUUGUGUGCAGUCCAGUCCAAAGUAAAAACACAAGACACAAAACAAAAAUGGCCAAACUGCUCCUUCUGGUUGUUGUGGGUGUUGCAGCCCUUGCAUUGGCACAUGGCGCCUCAACGCCUCAGCAGCAACAGCAGCUUCAACGCUUGAUUGCCGAGGAGCAGAACAAGUGCGCCAGCGGCCAAGAUUCGAUGGCGUGCAUCAAAGAGCGUGCCAUGCGCUUUGUGGACAAUGUGCUGAGCAAAGAUAGCUACACGCUUUCCAACUUGGAGGUGCACUCAAAUGGCCAGCAGGUUGCUCCCGUUAGCGAGGCACGCGCCAACAGCGCUGAUGGUUUCCUCGAUGCCAUCGAGAACUACAUGAAGGGACACGAUGUUAGCGUUAACUUGCCAGUGGCCGAUGCCAAGAUCACCGUCUCGGCACGCAAUCUGGCCAACGACGAGAUGAGCUUGAAUCUGCAAUUGAACAAUGACGAUGGUGCCGAGACCGAAGCCAGGGGUAAGAAGGGCAACAUCUUCAAGAAGGGCAAGAAGAACCGUCUCCGUAAGUUGGCCAUGCCCAUUCUGGUGCUCAUUUUGCUGAAAUCGAUCACCGUCAUCCCCAUGGCCAUCGGCAUUCUGAAGAUUAAGGCAUUCAAUGCUCUCGCUUUGGGCUUCUUCUCCUUCAUUGUCUCGGUUGGUUUGGCCAUUUUCCAAUUGUGCAAAAAGAUUGCCCAUGAUCAUCAUCACACCGCACACAUCACCGCCCAUGGACCAUGGGACGGUCGCAGCUUCGGCGCUGUUCCCGUUGUGCCCGUUGUGGAGCAACCUCAGCAAUCGGCCCAGAACUUGGCCUAUCAGGCCUACGCCUAAAUGUCCUAGCAACAACAUUCGAGAGCAAAGCACAAAAUGAUUUGUUAAUUGUUAAAAGAUUUUUGUGACUUUGUGCACCUUUUUUAAUGGAGCAUCCCAAAUGGCGGACAACAAUUGACAAACAAAACAACAAAAAUGAAAAUGAGAGCGAGGCUGUCCUGCAUUCUUUUAGACCCUAUUUAUAAUAACUUAUUAUUUAUUAUUUAUUG